GUCGACAUCACCGAUCGAGAUGGCGAACGAACGCUCCGGAAUCGCCUCUGGCUUGAACAAGGGCCGCAAAACCACCGCCAUUGAGAGACGUGCCCGUAUCUCCAGAACCAAGGGUUCCCUCUCCCGUCGCACCGCCUUCGUCCGUGAAAUCGUCAAGGAGGUCUCUGGACUCGCCCCAUAUGAGCGCCGUGUCAUUGAAUUGUUGAGGAACUCCCAGGAUAAGCGUGCCAGAAAGCUCGCUAAGAAGAGACUCGGUACUCUCGGUCGCGCCAAGCGGAAGGUCGACGAUAUGCAGAAGGUCAUCGCUGAGUCGAGGAGAGCUGGUCACUAAACAACGAAAUAAUGUCAAAUAUUUCUCAGUUCCGAAUAAUACCAACCCGCCCUUCUUGAAACAAAUAAAAUUUCCAGAAAAAAA